AUGCCCUCCCUCUUCAAGACCCUCCUCGCCGUCACGGCUCUCGUCCCCGCCGCCUUUGGUGCCCUCCCCACCAAGCCCGAGGGUUUCGCCUCGGGCACCACUGGCGGUGGUUCUGCUUCUGCCGUCUACCCCAAGAGCGCCUCGGAGCUGGUCUCUUAUCUUGGCGACUCUCAGGCGCGCGUCAUCUACCUCGACCGCACCAUCGACUUCACCGGCACCGAGGGUACCGCCACCGAGACGGGAUGCGCCCCCUGGGGAACUGGCUCUCAGUGCCAGCUGUCCAUCAACCAGCACGGCUGGUGCGACAACUACCAGCCCAACGCCAAGAAGGUCACCGUCAAGUACGACAAGGCCGGUAUCCUGGGCAUCAAGGUCGGCUCUAACAAGAGUCUGAUCGGUGUUGGAAGCAAGGGCGUCAUCAAGGGCAAGGGUCUGCGCAUCGUGGGAGCCAAGAACGUCAUCAUCCAGAACGUCCACGUUACCAACCUCAACCCCAGCCUCGUCUGGGGCGGUGAUGCCAUCACCGUCGACGACGCCGACCUGAUCUGGAUCGACCACGUCACCACCUCGCUCGUCGGCCGCCAGCACAUUGUCCUCGGCAACAAGGCCUGCAACCGUGUCACCAUCUCCAACUCCAAGAUCGACGGCACCAGCUCCUGGUCCGCCAGCUGCAACACCUACCACUACUGGGGCAUCUACUUUGCCGGUGCCAACGACAUGAUCACCUUCAAGAACAACUACAUCUACCACAGCUCCGGCCGUGCCCCCAAGGUCGCUGGCAACACCCUCCUCCACGCCGUCAACAACUACUUCUACGACGUCCCCGACCACGCUUUCGAGAUCGACUCCGGCAGCGUCCUCGCUGAGGGUAACAUCUUCCAGAACGUCAAGAACCCCGUCGUUGCCGGCUACAAGGGCAAGCUCUUCGGCAGCACCACCACCAGCUCCAACACCGCUUGCGCCGCCAGCCUCGGCCGCAACUGCGAGCUCAACGGCUUCGGCAGCUCCGGUGCUCUUGGUGGCACUGACACCAGCUUCCUCGGCAACUUCAAGGGCAAGACCAUUGCCAAGGCUUCCAGCUUUAACGAUGCCAAGAACGUCGUCAACACCGCUGGCUUCGGCAAGGCUUAA